AGCUGGACGUGAACUUGGCCUGAGAGGCAGUGAGUGCGAACCUGUGCGCUGGGUAAUUUGCUGCUCCACAGCUCUGGCACGCGGCCCCGCGACGUUCAGGUACACGCGGUUGGACACAGUUGCUCUUAGUAAAGUAUACCAAGGCAGCCGAGCUGGAGUCCUCAAAGGAAAACUUCUUCUCUGUGUUCAAACGUAGAAUGUGGAUCACGGGGAAGGUCGACCAAACCUCCCAGAAAGACCAGCUCUUCACGGACCUUUACAAUGAGUGUCGAAACAUCGCCCCUGGGGCCAGGCUCUCCUGCAUGCUGCGGACCAAGCUGGAGAGGUUCCAGAGGGAAGAGAGGAGAGAGAUAGUGACCAGGACGAGGGACGGCUGUGCGCCCCUCUUUGUGGCGUGCAAGAGAGGGAAUGUGGAGGUCGUGGACUACCUCAUCACUACAUGCAAUGCAGAUGCAGAGCAACGCGGCCUUUAUGAGGUGCCAGACGACAGAUCUAUUCACAAUGUCACGCCCCUUUGGUGUGCAUCUGUUGCAGGACGGCUGCCAGUGGUCAAAUGCUUAGUGCAACAUGGAGCUGAUGUGAACAGUGUCUCGGAUACGGGAUCCACACCAGUACGCAGUGCUUGUUUUAUGACUCACUUUGAUAUUGUAAACUAUCUUGUGGAAAAUGGAGCCAAUAUUUCAAAGCCAAAUUAUAAUGGGGGAACAUGUCUGAUCAAUUCUGUCCAGUGUGUGAAGCUGUGCGAAUACCUUCUUAAUCAUGGGGCAGAUGUCAAUGCACAGGACAUUCAGAACAAAACAGCCUUGCACUAUGCCAUACAGGAACACAGAUUUGAGACCACAAAACUACUGCUGGAACAUGGAGCCAAUCCUCACUUAACCAGCAGAUACCAUGAUGAUGCCCUACAGACAGCUUGCAUCAAGGGCGCCUGCCAAAUAUUUGAGUAUUUGAUAGAAGUGGUAUCUUAUCCACCAGACAGAAUCGCCGAUGGCUAUGAACUGCUGGGCACGACAUUUUUAGAUGAACAUCAUGACAUUCAAGCAGCUCUUCAGUAUUGGCGAAAGGCAACUAAUAUUAGAUUUUUGUCAGGAGAAUCAAAGCAAAUUCUGCCUCCAAGACGUACUUAUCAGUUUGCUCAGGAAUUCAAAACUUCAGAAGAAUUGGAGGCCAUUGCAACAGAUCUUAAUGCCAUGAGAACUCAAAGUCUCUUGAUAUGUGAACGCAUCCUUGGUACGGCACACAAAGAUAUGAUAUUCAGACUUAUGUACCGAGGUGCAGCAUAUGCGGACUCCCUCCAAUACCAGAACUGUAUUGAUCUGUGGUUGUAUGCAUUAGAACUAAGAAUCCAGAGAGAUACAAUACUCUUUAAUGAGACCUGCUUCACUGGGCAAGCUUUAGUGCGAUUGUACUUAGAUAUGAUUGACAAACAUGGUACAGGAGUAAUGCAAAAUACAGUUAGUUUUGAAGAUGCCUUCCACACACUGGAAUUACUGGCAGCACAACUCCCAGAAUGUAUGGCACUGCUCAAGGUACAACCAGUUCAUAAAAAACAUCAGAGUAACUUUGAUCAUAUGUUAAAAGUCCUGACACACAUGAUUUUUGUUGUUCUUCACAUACCAAGAACAGAAGAAGAAAAACAGAAAGUAGCUACACUUGUUAAUAGCAUUAUCCGGUUAGAUCCAAGAACAUGUCAAGGUGGACAUUCUCUAUUGCACUUGGCGGCAAUGAAAACCACUGUACUUAACACUCACUCUUUGCUGGAGGAUGAGCACAUGACGCCAUUCCCUUCAGUUGAGGUUGUAUCGUUCCUGCUUGCUUGUGGCGCAAUGGUUAAUGUGACAAAUGACAAAGGAUCAUCGCCACUGUUCAUGGCAUCACAAGAUCUUCUUUUUAAAGAGGAGAUCGUGGAGGUCCUCCUGGAGGCGGGCGCACACGUGGACCAAGUCACCGCUUCGGGAGAGCGUCCUAGUCGGAACCUGCGCCGGAACCCCAAGUGUCAGAUCAGCAUCCUCAACUACACCUCCCUCAAAUGCCUCGCUGCCAGAGUCAUCCAGGAAUGGCGUAUCCCUUACGUAGGCGAAGUGCCCACGCAUCUGGAGGCCUUCGUCAAGAUGCAUUGAGCCAGUGUCAAGACUUCUUUUUUCUUCUUGUGGGGGGAGGGUUACAUGAGGAUGGAUGGGAAAUAAACUCAGUUACAGUGCACUUGGUUAAUGGCAGCUGUGGCAUAAUGCUUUGGGUCUAUAUGUUAAAUAAUUAUAAGCAUUAAUUUUUUUUGCAAUUUUACAGAAAGUUUUUGAGAUUUUUCAUGUGAUUUAAGGCAACAUGUUUGGAAUAUGAAUAUGAAUUCAACCUUCAGAAGCUAAAAUUGAUAUUUUCUAUGUUAAUAAUAUGUUCUCAUGUCACAUCCAUUUUCAUAGAAGAUUGAAGUAUACAACAAUGUAAUAAGCUAAGCUACUAAAAUGAGAAACCAGAAAAGGGAAUCCAAGAUGACUGCAUACAUAUGAGGCAGUGCUGAAUGUCGAGUCUUUUAUCUCCUAUUAGGAAUAUUGUCAUAACGUUGAAUAAUCAUUAAUCCAUUCAUUUGUUUGGCAUUAUUAUAAUAAAUACGGAUCGUUAGAGGUUACUAUAUCUGAAGCAUUAUAAUUGUUAUUUCACAUGUUUGUAGGUAUAUUUUGUAACAAACUUUUGAGGAUUGGAAUCUGAAAAAAGCAUACACCAAAAAAGAAAAAAAAUCACUGAUUAUUCUACCACAUAACACUCACCAUCUAUUCAUUGCAAGGGGAUCAAUCAUUCUGCUAUUGAGGUUUUGUACUUGCAUAAUAUAUUGCACAAAAUCAUAUUUUGUACAGCUUUUCUAGGCUGAUGCUUUCCAGAAGUACCUCAUAGCUGCAUAACCCAUAGAUCUAUUACACUUUAUAAUGAAAAAAUAAUGAUUUUUUCAACUUUUGAUGUUUCUUUGUUUUUACAUUGAAAUCUUGCCAUAUUUGCAUAUAAGGUCUAAAGCAAAUGAAGGUUAGUCAGAGUUUGCUUUUAAUUAUCAUUAUAAACAAAGACACUCACCAGUAAACUGUAUGUCAAUGCAAACUGUGAAGUGGUGCUUAUCAUUUUCUAUGAUUUUGAUUGAUGUUUUAAUAUGUUACUUAUCUUCUAGUGGACGUAGAAUCCAUGCAGCAGUCAGCCUGUAGCAUUAGUAUGAGACAAGUGAUAGUAAUGCAGGUAACAGCAAAUAACAAAAUGCUCAUAUCAGUUAUUAGGAGGUGGUAAACAAGAUUUGUUUAAUAUUAAGCUGCAUUGUGCAUACCGCUCCAGGUGAGGAGGGGUCAUAUUUGCCUGUGAUAUAAGAUGUCCUCUGCACCAGACAGCUUUUCACACCAGAAUCCCCAUCACAUUAUAUUAUUGCCUACAAUAGGUGAACAGCUAACAUUCACAAGCAACAGAAAGUUUCAGGACUUCAGCUGCAAGAUUUGAUACUUGUAACUGAUUUUCAAGAAAAAUAGCUGGGUAUUGUAUUGGUUUUGUUCAUUCUUGCGGAGUAGCUGUUUAAUCAGCAAGGAUGGAAUGGAACGGCUCAAAAUGCUUUGCAGAAUCUGCAUAGUCAUAAAUUCACAUUUGCAUAAUGUACAUACAUACAUGUAAACUUAUGAAAUUACGCAUAUAUUAUUUCUUUAUUACUCUGCUGAACUGAUUUAUAAAUCUUCACAUUUCAUUUUCUUGCUAAUAAGAAAUUUUAGUAUGUAGGUUGUUGAAAAAUUAUAUUUCCCUUAUUCUAGAGGGAUGUUAAAGCAUAUGUAAAUUUCUAAUACUGGAUGUAAUUUACAGUUUAUAAUGAAAUUAUUUUAUCACUAAUGAAAUUUAAACUUUCAAGUCUUUUGAAAGCAAGAUCAAAAACUUGUGGAUAUGAAGACUUAUGUAUAUGUAUACACACACUCAAACACACACACACACACACACACACACACACACACACACACACACACACACACACACACACACACACACACACACACACACACACAAAUAGGAACA